UUGGCAGCUGUCGAAGACUUCUCUUACUAGUUACCAUCCAAUCACGAGCCUCUCUUUACCAAAAAGAUCCCCCAAAAAGAAGAAAAAAAGAAGAAGAAAAAAAAGAAAAAAAAGAAAAAAAAGAGGUACAUGGUUUGCUAAAUACCCAAGAUAAUUAGAAUUAGGUACUUAGUACUUACUUACUUACCUAUAACAUCUUCAUCCAACAAAGACAAACAUCCUACAUCAGACUUGGAUAUGGAUAAUAAUCAUCGGGUUGGUAUAGAAUACCUCUCCGCCGGUGCUAAUAGACAUACUGCUGUCGCAGAUUGGAGCAAAGAUGGCAUCGUAGCUUUCGGUGCCGACUCGAAUAUCGCUCUCUGGCGACCACAUUCCUCUCGGCCUAGGGGUGUAACCAGUUUUAUCCCAGGACACAAGGAUGUCGUCAAGGCCGUCAGCUUUCUUCCCAAGCUGGACGGGGAGUUCAAGACGUACCUGCUCACCGGCGCAGACGACCAGUGUCUCAAGGUCUGGGAUCUGUUAGAUGAUGGUGGCGAUGGUGAUGACAGCAGUGUUGCCGAGUGCAUCCAGACUGUGCACGAACACACGGCUGCCAUCAACUGCAUAGCCACUCUUCACCAGAGAAGACCACAGCAAGGCUCAACCCCUAGAGUAUUUGCUACCGGAGCAGCAGACGCUACUGUAAAAGUAUGGGAAUUUAACGACGGCCAAGUCCGUUUGUUGCAAACGAUAAAGACCACACCAAAAUUCUUCCCCCUCUCGAUAGCUCUGAGUACCCUCGGCGAGGAUGACGACAGCAACGGGGCCUUGGUUCUAGCCGUAGCAGGAACAAAGGACAUCGUCCAAGUCUUCCUCGCCAGGUCCCGCACCAACCCCGAGUUCCAACUCCAGGCGACCCUAUCGGGCCACGAAGGCUGGAUCCGGUCUCUGGAUUUCGCAUGGGAGAACAGCAACGACCACGGGAGCGACCUGAUCCUGGCAUCCGCGAGUCAGGACAAAUACGUCCGCCUCUGGCGCUUCCACCAGGGCCAAGAACUGCCAGCCGCUAGUGCCAACGGGGGCGAUGCGUCCCUGGGCGCCUUCAUGCCGGGACGGUCCCCCUCGAACAAGGCCCAUCGGCUGCACACCGCGAGCCAGGACUUUUCCAUCACCUUCGAGGCACUCCUGCUCGGGCACGAUGACUGGAUCUACAGCGCCAAGUGGUACUCGGAUCCCGCAACCGGAAAGCCGCAGCUCCUUUCAACGUCCGCGGACAACACGCUAGCGAUAUGGGAAGCCGACCCGUCCUCGGGCAUCUGGGUCACCACGGUCCGGCUCGGCGAGAUCAGCCGGGAGAAGGGCGCGACGACCGCGACGGGCAGCACGGGCGGGUUCUGGACGGGCCUCUGGUCUCCGGACGGAAGCUCGGUGGUGUGUCUGGGCCGCACCGGCAGCUGGCGGCUGUGGGACCACCACCAGGCGCAGGACCAGUGGCUCCCGCGCAUCGGCAUCAGCGGGCACACGCGGCCGGUGACGGGGAUCGCGUGGUCGAAGAGCGGCGAGUACCUACUCUCGACGAGCGCGGACCAGACGACGCGGCUGCACGCGCGCUGGAGCGGACGUGGCCAGCGGACGUGGCACGAGAUGGCGCGGCCGCAGAUCCACGGGUACGACCUCAACUGUAUCGACUCGCUCGGGGACUCGAGCUUCGUCUCCGGCGCCGACGAGAAGCUGAUGCGCGUGUUCGACGAGCCGAAAGCGGUCGCGCGGCUGCUGAGCACGCUGUGCGGCAUCGGCAUCGGCGGCGGGCGGGACAUCGAGGCGCUGCCGGACGCGGCCAACAUGCCGGUGCUGGGGCUCUCGAACAAGGCGAUCGAUGCUGUCGACGAUGAUCACGAGGUGGUCCAGCCCGCCAAUCCCGAGACAGACCGAGAUGCGCUGGACCCAGGGUCGACGGUCCGCAAGUCCGCGCUCGAGAUCGACCACCCGCCCCUCGAGGACAGCCUCUCGCGGCACACGCUCUGGCCCGAGGUCGAGAAGCUCUACGGGCACGGGUACGAGAUCUCGUGCCUGGCCGUCAGCCACGACGGGACCCUCGUGGCUAGCGCAUGCAAGGCGAGCUCGAUCAACCACGCCGUGAUCCGGCUGUUCGAGACGGAGAAAUGGACCGAGGUGAAGCCGCCGCUGACGGCGCACUCGCUGACCACGACGCGCCUGCGCUUCUCCCCCGACGACAGGUACCUGCUCAGCGUCGGGCGCGACCGGCAGUGGGCGGUCUUCGAGCGGGACGGCGUCGCCGGGCAGAGCUACAAGCUGCUGCAGUCGAACCCCAAGGGCCACUCGCGGAUGAUCCUCGACGCGACCUGGGCGCCGCUAACCGACGAUGCCAUCGUCUUCGCGACCGCUGGCCGGGACAAGCAAGUCAAGAUAUGGCGGCGACCAGCACCAUCAGCCGAAUCUACGGACCCAGUCAGCAUCUCUUGCAUAACCACGAUACCGGAGACACAUCCCGUCACGGCCAUCGACUUCCUGCCCCAAGAAGACAAGAACGAGAAUGGUGGUGGCACACUGCUACUAGCGGUGGGCACCGAGGUGGGCAAGAUCUCGAUCUAUUCGAUCGACAAGACCUCCCUCGGUAUAUCUUCUACGCUUAACCUAGGACCAGAGCUAUGCCUCGCGAAAAGCGUCGUGCAACUCUCGUGGCGGCCACAGCACGCCGCUAAGGAAUUAGCUAUAGCCGGGGAGGAUAGUUCUCUUAGGGUAUAUUCAUUCAUAGAUGGAAAUCCGUGAAGCCUUGUUAUGUUUCCAGCUUAUCAAUCCCGUGGGUCACGCCAAAAACAAAAAAGGGGAAAGGGGGGGCUUAUUCGUAGGCAUCAUGUGCGUUCAUUGAUGCUAAUCUAUCGAUCGAUCCAAACGCCAAA